GAAAGAUAUAGUUGAAUAUAUUAAGAGUAAAACGCAAAUAGAAGUUACUUUAACGAAAAUUCUACCAAAAACAAAAAGAGGUUAUGAUUCGUACGUUUUCUAUGUGGACAGUUUUAAAAUGUCGUUAUUUCUUAAUGAUGAAAUAUGGCCUGAAGGUAUAUGCUUUAGAAAAUAUGUUGUAUUUAAUAAGAAAGACAGCGGUGUAGCUGUUAAGAACGGGUCUCAAUAAUAAAUUAUUUAGUAUGUAUAGUUCAGUUAAGAGUAAUAUAACAACUUUUGCGUCGUUUAACUGUAAGUGCUUUAAAAGGUCGAUUGAUCUAAUAAGGAAUCUUUGUAAGACAGCCGAUGUGGUGGCACUUCAGGAGACAUGGCUUCUGCCUCACGAUCUGCCUCUUGUCGGAACGGUCAGUGAAAGUUUCGAGUAUACAUGUAAAUCAGCAGUUGACACGUCUGUAGGUAUUCGCAAAGGUAGGCCUUUUGGCGGUGUAGCUUUGUUGUGGCGCAAGGGCAUUUUUGACGCUGUUGCAGUGUUAAAUUGUAACAGUGUAAGGUUAGCGGCAAUUAGGGUCACCAUUGAGAAGAGGUCAGUAAUCAUUUUUUCUAUAUAUAUGCCCAACGACGACAGUACGGUCGUUAGUAAUACUGAGUUUGUGGGUUGUUUAGCCGAAAUAGACGCCAUCAUAGAAAAUAAUGACGUGCAUGAUGUCCUUAUGCUGGGUGACUUUAAUGCGCAUCCACAUACACAGUUCUGGAUGAAAUUACAACAAUAUUGUGGCGAUAGGUAUUGGAAAUGUGCGGAUACUGAAUUUCUUGGGCUGGACUCUGGCACCAUAACUUUUAUAAGUGACAUAGAUGGUAGUAGGAGAUGGUUGGACCAUUGUGUUGUAACUCGAUCUGCAUGGAAUACCGUAUUUGAUAUCAAGGUUGAGAAUGACGUGCAGUGGUCUGAUCAUUUUCCGCUUAUUAUAAGGUGUAAACUGGGGGCGAUGGUUCCGAAAAUGACAUGUGAGGUUAAGACGCCUAACAGAGUGUUAUGGCGUACCAGGUCGAAUGCACAAAUAACACAGUACUUUAAUAUCUGUAAUAGCGUAUUAGAAGACAUUCAUAUGCCGGAGAUUUUUACUCGGUGUACCGAGCAGAUGUGUACAAAUAGCAGUCAUCAGCGUGCUUUAGAUGAACUGUAUAGAGUAGUAGUCUGCGCUCUUAGUGAUGCCGCCAUUAAGUCACACGACACUGGUGUACGGAGCGUAAGAAGACCUGUUAUUGGGUGGAAUAACUAUGUGCGCGAAGCUCAUGGGGAGGCCCGGCUUAAAUUUCAAACCUGGCUAUUAAACAACAAACCAGUUAAUGGUAAAAUCUGGGAUGACAUGCGUGACAGUAGAAAGAUUUUCAAAAGUAGGCUACGAUGGUGUCAGAGCCAUCAGGAGCAAAUAAAAAUGGAUAUUGUUGCCUCUCAUCGUGCGUCCAAAAAGUUUAGCCAGUUUUGGAGAGCAACAAACAGUUUGAAUGUUAGGCCGGGUCGACCAAUGAGUGUAGGUAGUUGUACUGAAGCCAAGGAGAUCGCAGACCUAUUUAAAAACCACUUUAAGGUUUCCUCGACGCUGGGCUCGGUGGAUCGGAUGAUCGAUGCGAGGGUAGACGUGGCCGGAGGCUUGCCUUUGCGUUUCUCAGCUACGCAGGUGGCUUCGGUUAUAAAGGGCAUGACCAGAGGGAAGUCUCCGGGGCAUGAUGGGCUCAGCGUCGAGCAUUUGAAGCACGCUGGGGUACAUCUUCCCAGAGUAUUAUCCUUGUUUUAUUCUUUAUGUAUAUCUCACUCAUACCUCCCCGCAGAAAUGAUGAGAACGGUAGUGGUUCCACUCAUAAAGAAUAAAACAGGCGAUAUUUCGGACGUUGAUAAUUAUAGACCGAUCUCCUUGGCAACGGUGAUGGCAAAGGUGUUGGAUUGUCUGCUGGACUCAAGUUUGGAUCAAUUUAUCAAUCUUCAUGACGCUCAAUUUGGGUUUCGGCCUAAAUUAUCUACCGAAAGCGCCAUCUUGUGUCUAAAGCAGACUGUCCAAUACUACUCAUGCAGAAAGACACCUGUAUACGCUUGCUUUCUGGAUCUUUCUAAGGCAUUUGACCUGGUAUGCUAUGACCUUCUAUGGGAUAAGCUUCGAGGGACGGGCGUACCGGAAGAAAUUAUAGCGUUAUUGCGUUAUUGGUAUUGCCAUCAGGACAAUAAUGUCAAAUGGGGUGAGACGUUGUCUGACACGUACAGGUUGGAAUGCGGGGUGAGACAAGGGGGAAUUACCUCACCGAAACUUUUCAACCUGUACGUAAACGAGCUGAUCGUGAGACUCAGUGGCAGACCAGUCGGCUGCUGGAUAGAUGGAUUACCCGUCAAUAAUUUUAGUUACGCAGACGAUAUGGUGCUGCUGGGUCCCUCGGCCGGCUCUGUCAGGCAGCUUCUUGACAUUUGUGUUAAGUACUGCGGCGAUCACGGCCUGGUUUAUAACGCCAAAAAAAGUGAAUACAUGAUCUUUGAGGCCCGAGGAAAUAAUGUCACCUACGAGCCUGUUAUAAAAUUGAAAGACGUACCUCUAAAAAGAGUGAAACUAUUUAAAUACCUAGGGCAUUAUAUUUCCGAAGACCUCAAAGAUCAUGCCGACAUUGAGCGUGAGCGACGAGCGCUAGCUGCUAAAUGUAACAUGCUGGCCCACAGAUUUGCGCGUUGUAGCAACGAGGCCAAGUUAACAUUAUUCAAGGCUUACUGCCAAACGUUCUACACGUGCGCUCUGUGGGCCAGAUACUCUAAGAAAGUACUGGACACGCUCCGUGUCCAAUACAAUAAUGGAUUCAGGGUGUUGUUGGGAUUGCCGCGAUAUUGCAGUGCAUCGGGCAUGUUCGCAGACAUGCGGACAGACGAUUUCUGGGGCAUGUUGAGAAAAAAGACCGCAUCCCUUCUGCUCAGAAUGCGUGGCAGUUCCAACAGCAUUCUGAAAAUGUUUGCGCACAAAACAGCGGAACCCAUGCUUGAGCAUUUUGUUGACGUGCUGGUGUGGCAAGCCACACCUACGCCUAGAUAA